ACGCUGUCGCGCUCGCGAACCUCGUUGUCGUUGUAGAACGUGUUUUGUCGUUACCUAGUUUCUUUAAUUUUCCAAUAGUUCGCCAAAAACUAGUUUCAUUUUCACAAAAUAGAAAAAUUAUUUCCUAUAUAACAAGUGCAGCGUUAUAAUAUUCAUUUAUUUAUCCUUAAAAGAGAAUUACAUUUGUUUUUCUAAAAAGAGAAAAUGGUUGUAGUUUCGACAACAUUUUCGCAGCCGCUUGAAGGAAUAUUAUUUCAAUCACCCGGUACUAAGCUUCUUGUAAAUGACCAGGAACUUGGAACAGCUACAUUGUACAUUACAGAAAGCAAUGUAAUAUGGGGCGGAGGAGUGCGGCCAACAGGAGGGCCCGCACCCACGAUAUCCUUGUUGUAUCCGACCAUAUCGCUGCAUGCGGUCCAGAGAGAGCCCUCUUCAGCAUUGUACAUGGUUUUAAAUUAUGAAUUAAGGUUGCCAGAAUUACCCCAGCAGUCAGGGUCAGGAGACGCGAAUGAAGAUGACGAUGAUGAGUUUGAUGCAGAUGAUCAGCCUAUAACACAGUUACGGUUCGUGCCGCAGAGCGAAGCGGAUCUGCAAGCGAUGUACUCGGCCUUGAGCGCGGGGCAGGCGCUGCAUCCCGACCCCGACCUGGACCUGGACGCCGAGGAGUUUGACCAAGACGAUGAAGAGUUUGAGGACGCGAUGGAGAACGAGAAUAACUCUGAAGACGCGGCCGCGAGGCUGAGGCAACUGCGGCUCGAGAACUCCAACGGGGCACAUUAUGAAGAUGCAGAAGACGAAGCAAUAGGCGAAGAACAAGAGUGAUUUUUGUAAGCGAAAUGAAUGAUCUGUGAAGUGACGAACGAAAAUUGGUUGAAAUAUAUGUGUUUAUAUGUGAAUUAUAAACUUACAUUCAAUUCUUGGUAUUUUCAUAUCUAAAUGUGUGUUGAUCUUUAUUCUCGACUGGGGUCAGAUUGUAUUCAAUGACUUGUGACUUAAACUGUCAACUUGUGUUGAUUAUUCUGUUUUAUUCAUAGAAAGUUUAUGAAUGCUUUUCUCUUUCUAACGAAGUAAAAUUUUGGAAUGAGGGAUAAGGACAAAACAUAGUUUUAAUUAAAAUUACCAUUUAAAAUUUUUACAGAUAAGUCGGUUUUAAUUUACACUCUUGCAGUAGAAGUCGAAGUUUAGAUACAGCAUCACGUCUAUCCAUCACGGUAUAGACAGAGCCAAAACUAUGUUUUAUGCAAAAAUGAAAAUUUGCCAAAAUAUAUAUUUUUUGUAGAACCCAUCAAUUUUGUUGUGUGGAUAUCACAAUGUAAUAUUUUCGUAAAAAGUUGUUAUAUGCCUUUAAGUACAUAUAUAUAUAUUUAUAUUUACAAUGGAGUAACAUUCCUUGAUUGCAUAUUUUGUUCCGAUAAUUGGUAAACUCUGUCAUUUUUAUAUUUUGUACCAAAGAAUUCAAGUGUGUAGGCAGAUGUGAAUGUGACGAAUUCAAAUCUCGAUUGGAUUAUAGAUUUUCAAACUUGAUAUUAAAUUUGUGAUUAUUAAAUUGAUUUUUGCAUGAAUCUGAUGUAUUAGCUCGAAUCUAAUAUAUUUUUCAUAGGCUUUCAUUAAUUUUCUAGAACAAUAAUUUGUAUAAGAAAAAUGGUUAACAUUAUUCUAUGAUAUAUGAACAUAAUGUUGUAUACGUGUUCUACUUACGAGUACAAUGAUUUCUUCAUUGACGACUGAUGUAAUAACCAGUUAAAUAGUCGUUAAAAUAUGAAAACCGUAUAGAAACUAGAACUACAAAUGAUGCUAAUACUAGCCUAUUUUUUUUUUGCUAUUUUUCCGUUGUCUGUACAUUUUGUGUUCCGAACAUGUUUGUGAUUUUUAAAUAAAUCGUAUAAAUCGAUAA